UUGCACGAUUUAUUUUAUCAGGUAUUUCCAAAAGAAUACAAAAAAAUACUGGAAGACGAAAAGAAGCUGGCCAGAUCGACCUCUAUAUCGAUCACCAACGUCGACCAGUUCUCAGACAUAGUUGAAGGCGAAGAUCGGUAUCCAGAAGAUAUUCUUCAAGAUACGCCGGCUGACACCAUGCUGCAGUCUGAGGGAUUCGAUUCCGAUGAAUCUGAAGGCUUUAUGGAUGAGCCGGUUGCGCUAGACUCUUUGGUGAGCCCUUUUUCCUUAGCUGACGUCGACAUCGAAAACCUUGUGCCCAAUAAAUUGCUACACAGGCACACGGAAAACGCUUUGGAUAAAACCAGGGGAUUUAUCAAAUAUCCACGCCAUAAGGUCAAUUAUCGAAAACCGGAUGUUCGACUGAACGAUUUUGACGAGGUGUACAAUUUUCCUGAAAUCCGCGGCAGCUUGAAAAUGCAGGCAGCAAGAUGCAUGGACUGUGGUGUUCCUUUCUGUCAGGGGAACACCGGCUGUCCGCUGGGCAACAUAAUCCCGAGAUGGAACGAUUUGGUUUUCAAGAACAACUGGCGCGAAGCGUUGAUUCAGUUGUUGCAAACGAACAAUUUUCCAGAGUUCACCGGCAGAGUGUGUCCUGCUCCAUGUGAGGCGGCGUGCUGUUUGGCGAUCAGCGAAGACCCUGUUACGAUCAAGAAUAUCGAGUGCUCUAUCAUAGAAUAUGCGUUCGAGAAAGAUUACAUCAAGCCGGAGCCACCUGCUUUCAGGACCGGUAAACGUAUUGCGGUUGUCGGCAGUGGUCCGGCCGGUUUAGCGGCUGCAGCACAACUUAACAAGGUUGGUCAUACGGUACUGGUCUAUGAAAGAAAUAAUCGUGUCGGUGGUCUACUGCAGUAUGGUAUCCCUUCUAUGAAACUGAGUAAAAAGGUCAUCGGGCGGCGUGUCACACUGAUGGAGCAGGAGGGUGUCAGGUUUGUGACCGAUGUCGAAGUCGGCAAGGACAUAUCUGCAAAGCUGCUCAUGCAGGAGAAUGACGCUGUGCUGCUGGCCAUUGGCAGCACAAGACCGCGUGAUCUACCGAUUCCCGGCAGAGAGUUAAAAGGCAUACAUUUUGCGAUGGAGUUUCUUGAAACGUUUCAAAAGUUCCAAGGCGGUUAUUACAAAGAGUUUGACGAGGUUUCGGCCAAAGACCGAGCGGUGGUCAUUGUUGGAGGCGGCGACACCGCCACUGACUGCUUAAGUACUGCGCUCCGACAGGGAGCCAAAAGCGUGUUAAUGUUCGAAAUUCUUCCGCUUCCGCCCCAGCAGCGAUCAGAACAGAAUCCGUGGCCUGAGUGGCCUGUGGUCUUUCGGAUCGAUUACGGUCACGACGAGUUCAAGACGCUAUACAAAAAGGAUCCAAGAGUUUUUGCCACCUCUGCCAAGGUAAGAGAUUUGCGGAAGAUGAAUAUGACCGUCCGUAUCUGAGG